AUGCCGCGCUCCUUCCUGGUCAAGAAGCAUUUCAACGCCUCCAAGAAGCCCAACUACGGCGAACUGGACACGCACACAGUGAUUAUUUCCCCAUAUCUCUAUGAGAGCUACCCCAUGCCUGUCAUACCACAACCAGAGAUCCUCAGCUCGGGAGCGUACAGCCCCAUUACCGUGUGGACUACGGCAGCUCCAUUCCACUCCCCACUACCCAAUGGCCUCUCUUCUCUUUCUGGAUACCCCUCAUCCUUGGGGCGAGUGAGUCCCCCUCCUCCAUCUGACACCUCAUCCAAGGACCACAGUGGCUCAGAAAGCCCCAUUAGUGAUGAAGAGGAAAGACUACAAUCCAAGCUCUCAGACCCCCAUGCCAUUGAAGCUGAAAAGUUUCAGUGCAAUUUAUGCAAUAAAACCUAUUCAACUUUUUCUGGGCUGGCCAAACAUAAGCAGUUGCACUGUGAUGCCCAGUCUAGGAAAUCUUUCAGCUGUAAAUACUGUGACAAGGAAUACGUGAGCCUGGGCGCCCUUAAAAUGCACAUUCGGACCCACACUUUACCUUGUGUCUGCAAGAUCUGUGGCAAGGCGUUUUCCAGACCCUGGUUACUUCAAGGACACAUUAGAACUCACACUGGGGAGAAGCCUUUUUCUUGCCCUCACUGCAACAGAGCAUUUGCAGACAGGUCAAAUCUGAGGGCUCAUCUGCAGACCCACUCGGAUGUAAAGAAAUACCAGUGCAAAAACUGCUCCAAAACCUUCUCCAGAAUGUCUCUUCUGCACAAACAUGAGGAAUCUGGCUGCUGUGUAGCACACUGA